AUGGCCGACCAGCACUGGAAUCAACAACCGCGUCACGGCCAUCCAGCACUGGAAUCAACAACCGCGUCAUGGCCGACCAGCGCUGGAAUCAACAACCGUGUCAUGGCUGACCAGCGCUGGAAUCAACAACCGCGUCACGGCCGACCAGCUGGUUGUACAGGCCCUGGAUUACCUGAACCCCCCUUGAUUAGUUUUCGCUCCCUGGAAAUUUUAGCAUCGCGCACUCAAGGCCCUUAUCUCCAAGAUCGCAGCAACAUAGCUAUGUCCACUCAAUGCCCUGCUUGUUCCCGUGACGAUUUCACGGUAACUGGUCUCAGUCAACAUCUGGCCAAGAGCCACAACCCACAUUGUCGAGCACUGUACCAUCAGUCGCGCUCCCAAGUACAUACCAGGGACCAACGAGAUGAGCCUGACGAGCCGACUGCAGAAGACGAGCCUGGGUACGAGGUUGACGAGUUUGGGUAUGAGAUUGACGAGCCUGGGUACGAGGUUGACGAGCCUGGGUACGAGGCUGAGGCUGGGGGCGAGGCUGAGGCUGGGGACGAGGAUGAUGAUGAGGGGUGGAAUUUUGAACCUGAAUGGGAGCCUCCCGUUGAAGAUCGAGUCGAGGACGCGACCAUGGAUGCCAUCGAGGAUUUGGCCGAUGAAGAUGAAGCUGGCUGGGAAGAUCAACGCCGUGCUCACCAGGAUAUUCAAGCACGUGUGCAAGGGCAGCGUGGUUGCGUGGUGGUGCCCUACCCAGAUCUGCGUGCUGGUCAGCAAAUAACACGCGGUUGUGCUGCAAACGCAGAAUACGAGGCGCAUCUGGCCAAUGAGGAGGAGAAUGUGUAUCACCCUUUUGCAUCCAAGAUGGAAUGGGAGGUCGCCAGAUGGGCCAAGCUUCGUGGUCUGAGUUCGACGGCAUUGUCAGAUUUGCUUGCAAUCGAGGGGAUCAGUGAACGCUUAUCACUCUCGUUCAAGAAUGCGAAUGAGCUGAACGCUAUUGUCGACCAUGGGCUUCCGACUGGCCGUCCUAAGUUCAAACGCGAGCAGAUCGUGGUCGCUGGAGAAGCGUUUGACAUCUAUUAUCGCGACGUCAUCGAAUGUGUCAAGUCGUUGUAUGGUGAUCCGGACUUCGCCAAAUAUCUAGCAUUUGCGCCUGAGCGGCAUUAUUCUGAUGAAGACGAGACGAUUCAUCUCUUUCAUGAUAUGCACACCGGCAAAUGGUGGUGGGAUACACAGAAAAAACUCGACAAGGAUAAUCCAGGCGGCACCAUCAUUCCCAUCAUUAUCUCGUCCGACAAAACACAAGUCACAUUGUUCCGCAACAAGUCCGUCUAUCCUGUGUAUCUCACCAUUGGCAACAUCCCGAAGGAAAUACGACGCAAGCCUUCGCAUGGGGCACAUAUACUUCUAGCUUAUUUACCUUGUACACGCCUUCAGCAUAUCACCAACAAAGCUUCACGCCGCCGGACUUUGGCAAACCUUUAUCACGCAUGCUUGCGUCGUGUUCUCGCUCCGCUGAAGUCCAUAGGAGUAGAUGGACUUCGUAUGGCUAGUGGGGAUGGUGCCCUCCGCCGUUGCCACCCAUUAUUUGCCAGCUUUGUGGGUGACUACCCAGAACAGCUUCUUGUGACUGGGAUCAAGUUCGGAGAGUGCCCAAAAUGCGACGUGGACGCGGACGACACGGGUAGCAACACGGCUCCUUUUCAUCUACGGAAUCUAACCAAGGUGCUAGAUGCCCUCGCUGCCCUUGACGAAGGGAAUCUAUCAUUUGUACGUGCUUGCGCGGCAGCAGGCAUCAAGCCCAUUGUCCAUCCUUUCUGGGAAGAUCUCCCAUUCACCAACAUAUUCCGUGCAAUCACACCAGACGUGUUACAUCAAUUAUAUCAAGGCUUGAUAAAGCAUCUCUUAGGUUGGUUAUCAGCCGCGUGCGGAGGAGCCGAAAUUGACGCUCGGUGUCGCCGUCUUCCUCCCAAUCACCAUAUACAUUUGUUCAGCAAGGGUAUCACCUGCUUGUCGCGUAUAAGCGGAACUGAACACGCUCAAAUCUGCCGUUUUCUCCUUGGCAUCGUCAUCGGCAUCCGUUUGCCCAAUAAUCUAAAUGCGGGCCGUCUUCUACGAGCAGUGCAAGGCCUACUGGACUUCCUCUAUCUUGCUCAAUAUCCAUGUCAUAGCUUGGAGUCACUACAGCUCCUGGAUGACGCACUCGACCUUUUCCACAAGAAUAAGGAUAUCUUCAUUGACCUCGGUAUCCGUUCUAAUUUAAUUUACCUAAACUGCAUGCCGCUCGCCACUAUUCUGCCAUGA